GACCCUAGAACAGCAGACUGGUGGGGUGUUUCGAACCCCCUCGUGGUGCUGUCAAUUGCAGCGGCUUACCUAUACUUCUGUCUGUCUCUGGGUCCUCGGCUGAUGAAGAACAGGCCAGGAUUCGAGUUGAGGAUCCCGAUUAUGCUCUAUAACAUCUCUCAAGUGCUGUUUAGUUUAUUCUUGAGUUAUGAGGGCUGUGUCUACAUAUUGAGUAGGGAAUAUAACCUAGCAUGUGAACCAGUUGACUACUCCAAUAAUCCCAGAGCUUUAAGGGUAGCAGCAGCAACAUGGUUUUACUUCUUUGCGAAGAUUACAGAGCUUCUUGAUACAAUAUUCUUCGUGUUAAGAAAGAAAUACAAUCAAGUUUCCUUCCUCCACGUUUACCAUCAUACAUUGAUGUGUCUUGUCAUAUGGGUUGGAGCAAAAUAUUUCCCAGGAGGUCACAUAGUUCUAAUGGGCACCUUGAACUCCAUUGUCCACGUCAUCAUGUACACUUACUACCUGAUCUCAAGCUUCGGACCUCAGUAUCAGAAGUACGUCUGGUGGAAGAAGCAUGUCACCAAAAUUCAGCUGAUCCAGUUCUGUAUUGUCUUUACACACAACAUUGCAGUUUUCUUUUACGAAUGCAAUUAUCCGAAGGCACUUAACGGCCUAUGUGCAUUGAAUUCCCUUAUCUUCAUAUAUUUGUUCGGAAAAUUCUAUAUACAAAGUUAUAAAAAGGAAAAUGCGAAAAACCGAGCCAAAUUGGAAAACAAGAAAAGUGCACCGGUAUCAAGCGAUUUUGGCAGAAAAAGAAAAUUAGUGGAAAAAUCACGAUAACUCACAUUACAUUGACAUGAUUGAAGUAGUGCUUAUCCAAAUUGUCUUUCCAUCAAUCAUUUUCUACCUUAUUGUUUUGUUAUUAAGUAGAAAAUCCACUAAAGAAUUUUGAUAGCUUGCUAUAUAAUCUGC